AUGGCUGUCGUUCACAUGUUUGGAUUGCUCUGCAUCCUCGGCGCGACCGCCUUGCUCGUCAUCGUCUCCGUCGGUGUACCCAUCUGGGACAGAGUCGACUUCUUGCAUGCCUACAGCGGCCAAUACCUGCUUGGAAUCUGGGGCGAGACGAUCAACGGCGUCAGUUCCAAGACCAAGCUCGGCUACAACGUUUACAGCUCUCUCAACCAAAACAACAAUUUCAGCAACGAAACUCGCCGUGUUGUCAGCCGUGGCUUGACCUACGCCUUGGUGUUGAACCCGAUCGCCGCUGGUUUCGCCGGUUUGGCCCUGCUCGCCGCUCUCUUCGCUAACACGGCUUGCGGCAUCUUUGCGUCGGUACUCGCGUUUUGGGCGUUCCUCGUUUCGAUCGUCGCUCUCGCUGUGGACCUCGCUUGCUUCAUCAUGAUCCGCAACCGCCUCAACCGUGACGACCCCAGCGCCAACGCACACCUUGGCAAGGCCAUGUGGAUGAUCGUCGCCGCUGCUGCCGCGCUCCUCUUGGCCUCCGUCACGGUCUGCUUCACCCACUCGUCAUCCAAAAGGCGCCGUGACCGAGACAUCGAGACGAAGCCUUUGGCAACCGAGCCCGUCAUGACCGAGAAGCGCCGACGAUUCCCUUGGCAACGCAAGCAGCAAGCUGCCGUCUACUAG